AAUUUUUCCAAAAAUCGUAUAAAUAUAAAUGAAAUAUGUUAGCUUUAAGUAUAAUUUUAUUAAUUUGUGUGCAUUGUUUUGCCGCACCACAAAAACAAAGUACGGGUCCCAGGAUUAUUGGAGGCGAACAGGUUGACAUUUCUCAAGUACCGUACCAGGUAGCGAUUUUAUUAUAUGGACAACAGGACUGCGGAGGAACUCUAAUUUCACCUACAAAGGUACUUACUGCGCAACAUUGUUGGCUCGAAGGAACCAGAAUAUCUGACUACAGCGUACGGGUAGGAUCUACAGAUUGGGAAAAUGGUGGCCAAGAAAUUGAAAUCACCGCUUUCGACUUACACGACGUACCAAAAGGAGAAACAUUUACAAGCUAUGAUAUCGCUGUAAUUACUUUGAAAUCAGCAGUAAAUGUUUCCAAUGCUGUGACAAUCCCGGUGGAUGAUGCUGAUACAGUGCACGUGGAUGGAGAAGUAGCGACAAUAUCCGGUUGGGGGGUGACAUUUGACCCAGCUGGUCCAAUACCACCCAAUGUGACUGUCGGCAAAUAUCCAUUAAGUGCAAUUAACUCCACUGUUAUUUCCUGUGCAGGAGGCGAGAGUAAUAUAUUAUGUUUGAGUCAACAAGGGGACGGAGCUUGCUAUGGUGAUUCUGGUGGACCAGCUGUUAUUAACGGAAAACUGGCAGGAAUUGUUUCAGGUGGCAUAUGCGCUUCUUAUAUCUAUCCCGGAGUCUUUACCAGAGUUUCGGCAUUUAGAGAAUGGAUAAAGGAGCACGCUGAUGUUUAAAGUUCUCGCAUAAAUUGUUUGAACCCUUAAGCAUUGAGUUUUUGUAAUUUCCCAUUUUUGCAACUAGAAUUGCUUCUUAUAUGGUUAACGUGUAUUAUCGUGUCUUUUUAUGAAAUGUGAAAAUGUAAAUUUAAACUUCAUUGAAUUGAAUGUGAAUUUUUCAUCCAAUUGUUGAAAGAAGUCAUGAAUAUCCAAUUAUUUGCAUUUCUAUGUCAUUACCAAGACAUUUAUCAAUAAUUAUGAUGUUUUUCGACCCAAUUUUAUUUUGAAAGUAGGUUGAAAGAAUUAUUUAAGCGCGAAAACCUUUUUUUUGUUUGUAUGUCCAAGUCAAAAUCGCAAUCAAAAUUAAAAUAAGGGAACAAUGGUUCUUAUAUUACUACUACCGUUUAAUGAAGUGUAGCUUUAAUUUACAAAGCAAACACAUUUUUUUAAAUACAUACAUAGAAACAGAUUAAUCGAUAUAGGUUGCUAUUGUAUUUGGAACUAUAUGCGAAUGAAAGAAGACUGAAUGAAAUGAAACGGGAAUCUAGCAGAUUAAAUUUUAGAAUACCUUUGGUUUAAGUAGUGAACACAAUCUUGUGCUAAAGCAGUAAUACCAAUACUAGCUGUCAGUCUUA